UGAAACGAGUUUUACUAUUUCCUUACUUCAUUAACAACAAACAAAAAUGACUCGAAAAGUGCUUUUCAUUUUAAGGAACUUAAGUCUAGCUAUAUAUAUUGAGUAUACUUAGAGAUCACGCCUUUAUACUGAAUAGUUAAUUUUCGUUUGUAUUGACUUUCUUCUUACUUUGUGUUUGUCUUACCUGAUAUGUCAGUCGUAAUAAUUGUUAUAACAUAAAGGCUACAAACAAACAAGGUCAUUAAAUAAGUGUAUCCUGUAUCGUUGGUAUGCAUGACCUUAUUUGGCAACAGCAAAACAAAUCAGUUGUCAACAACUAUCAAGGAGAGAUACGUAAUGCACUUAAUGACCAUCCACAGCAUAUACAUUUUAACGAUUCUUCUGGUUGCUCUGUGAAAAUUAGUGCUGAACAGAAAAAUAAUUUUUUAAAAAAUAAUAUUGCAGCAGUCAAUGAUUGGAGCGUAAACAUUGAUGAUAACCAAAAUAGAAAACAAGUGUGGAACAAGUCGAGAGAUAAAACUCUUCAUUUAAAAAUGGCUAAUAGUCCACCAACCAUGUUUACUUUUGAUGGCUGGCAUGAUCCAUCUUGGAGCAUAAAUGAUGUAAACAGUGAUAAAUCAGAACAUGCUAUAUCUCAACCAAUAACAAUGGUUCAAAGAAGACAUGAGCAGUAUGGAGUAUCACAACAUGUGGUAACUUCUCCUAGAUCAGCUGAUGGAUCAGUGCUUGGUGUUCAUAUGGUGGAAUAUGUUCUUGCUUCUUCUCCAGGGGGUCAUGAUUUAGAAUCACGUAUGAAAGAAAUGAACAUAAUUUCUGAUGGUGUUAAUCAAAAAAUGCACAAUGGAAAUACUAUUUCUCAAACAUUUGAUGAAGAUGAAGAAGUUGAUCAUAUUCAAGAUAGUGAUCAGCAGAUGUAUGUUUCUCAACAUAUAAAUGAGAAUCGCAGUUCUCCUUUGGGAUCGAACCAAAAAGAUGCGCUUGGUGUUAUAAUAGGUGGGCGAUCUACCAGUAACACUCCUAACAAAUCUAUUUCUUCACAAAAUAAUUCACAAGUUACUUCACCAGUACAAAUUAAUCAUCAACUGGAUCAAAAUGAUAUAAGGCAUAUGGACAAUUCAUAUGAUGGCAGUUUGUUGCAUCAGUAUGAUAUGAACUCAUCAGCUAUUAUUAAUGCAGCUGGUCAGCAACAUUUAUCUGCCAAUCCACACCAUUUGGUUUAUGGAUCAAAUCAUCAACAGCAGCAAAGUAUAGGUAUGCAUAGUCCUUAUUAUGUUGCAAGUGCUGGAGGACAAGACCCUUAUAGUCAAGGUGCUGGUAUCCCUGUAGUUAAUGCUCAAGGGCAAACAACUAUGAUUCAUCCACAGUAUGCUGCUUAUGGAAUCCAGUCAAUAGUUUAUGCAAAUCAGAAUGGUAGUCCUUAUCUUCAACAACAGUCUCAGACAACUAGUGCAUCUACAAGCACAACUCAUCAAUCAUCUCAGCAACAAAUGAAUGGCCAACAAUUACCCCCAGGUUACCAAGUUGUUCAAGCACCUAUAAAUUUUCCAACUGGAUCAACAUUUUAUGAUCAACAUGGCAAUCCAGUUAUAAUUAAUGGUAGAAUGUUAACUAAUGGGGUUAAUCAAAUGGGGCAAACUGUACGGAUGGUUCCUUCUAUGAUGUUAAAUACAAAUGCACAGUCUACUGUUAGUCCUGGUAUGCAUAGCGGAAAUUCAUCAUCAAUACAUAUGUAUAAUCAGCCUACUCAGCCUGGACAACAGCAACAAAGAGGGAUAAAUCUUGGCUAUUUAUCAACAGGCCAGUUAGGCCCUCUACCUGGUCAGAGUGCAAUGCAGUUGCAAACAACAGGUCCUGUUGGUGUUAUAGGUGGACAUUUGCAAUCUACUGGAACUGGUCCUUUGCCAUCACCAGGCGGACAGCGUGAUGUCUACAGUGCUCUUGGUCCUAAACGCUCAGGAGGAACCCCUGUGUAUACACCAGGGAUGGUUGGAUCAUAUAAUUCAUUAACUGUUAACACUCCACUUGCAAAUUCUCUUAACAUGACUAAUCCUAAUACAUCUCCUUUGCAUUCACAGGGUCAAGCUUCUUUUGAAAUAGGAAGUCCUGCUAAUGGGAGUCGAUUAUCUAAUUAUAUGAGUUUUUUGAAUCCACAAGGUGAUCGCAGAUUCAGUUCUUCAGCAUUAUCUGGUUCAUUUCUAGGAUCAAGUGGUAGUUUGUAUAGGCGGGUUGGUGCAAGAGAUAGUGGUCGGUCCAAGUUAUUAGAAGAUUUUAGAAAUAAUCGUUUUCCUAACCUUCAACUUCACGAUUUGCAAAGACAUAUUGUUGAGUUCUCUCAAGAUCAACAUGGUUCAAGGUUUAUUCAACAAAAACUAGAGAGAGCUAGUGUUUUAGAAAAAACAAUGGUUUUUAAUGAAAUUUUGUCUGCUGCUUAUAGUUUAAUGACUGAUGUAUUUGGUAAUUAUGUCAUUCAGAAAUUUUUUGAGUUUGGUUCACCUGAGCAAAAGCUUUUAUUGGCGCAAAGGAUUAAAGGUCAUGUUCUGCCUUUAGCUUUACAAAUGUAUGGGUGUCGAGUUAUUCAGAAGGCUCUAGAGACUAUACCUUCAGAAAUUCCAAUUCAUGGUGAGUUAGUUAAAGAGUUAGAUGGCCAUGUCUUAAAGUGUGUAAAAGAUCAAAAUGGAAAUCAUGUUGUUCAGAAAUGCAUUGAAUGCAUUGAUUCUACUCAACUCCAGUUUAUUAUUGAUGCUUUUCAAGGACAGGUUUAUGCGUUGUCUACACAUCCUUAUGGUUGCAGAGUGAUUCAGCGAAUUCUUGAGCAUUGCACACAGGAACAAACUGCCCCAAUAUUAGCAGAGCUUCAUGAACACACAGAGCGUCUUAUUCAAGAUCAGUAUGGAAACUAUGUAAUACAGCAUGUUUUAGAGCAUGGUAGUCCAGAAGACAAAUCAACUAUAGUUAAUAUUGUCCGUGGUAAUGUCUUACUACUGAGCCAGCAUAAGUUUGCGAGCAAUGUUAUUGAAAAGUGUGUUACUCAUGCUUCAAGACAGGAAAGAUCUCUUCUCAUAGAUGAAGUUACAAACUAUCCUGAUGGUCCUCAUGGAGCAUUGUACAUGAUGAUGAAAGAUCAAUAUGCAAAUUAUGUUGUUCAAAAAAUGAUAGAUAUAGCAGAGCCUAUUCAACGCAAAGUACUUAUGAUUAAAAUUCGUCCUCAUGUCUCUACAUUGCGAAAGUAUACUUAUGGUAAACAUAUUUUAGCCAAGUUGGAAAGUUUUGAAAAGUCGUACAUGCAGACCCCUGAUUUGUUGUUUUUACCAGUUAAUGCACCUAUUACUUCUUAUUAAAUUUUAUGCAAAUUUGACGUGAAAUCAGUUUGUACACAUUUUUUUUUUUUAAAUGUAUUUGUGUUCUGUGUAAAAUAAGUUGUGCGUGUGUUCCUGAUUUAAUUGUUAAAUAUUAUUUUUAAAAUUCUGUUGAAAUAAAUGUUUUUCAAAUAUGACCUCUAUGGUUUUUGUGAAAAAUACUAGUUUUUUGUUGCUAUGUCCAUCUGAUUCUUUUUGAAUUCAAUUAAAUUAACCUGUUUUCGUAUGACCAGAGGGCAUUUUGAAAAUACUUUUUUAUUUCUACAUUUUAUAAUUUUACCCAUUGGUUUGUUUAGAUAUUUAAAUCUGCUCAAGAUUUGUUAAAAGUUAUUAUUUCUGUAUAAUGUCUUUAGUGUGCUUUGUAAUAGAGUGAAGUAAAGUUUCAUAUCAACUGAAUAUUUUAGCAUAAAGUAACGAUUGAUUACAUUUUUACUCCAAUGAAGGAUUAUAUUGCUCACUUUCAAUAAUGAUUUUUAAAGUACUCAAGAAAGAUUUAUUUUUUUAAUCUUUAAGAGAUAUUUUUAUUAUUACCUUUUUUAUUAUUGCAUAAUCUUGUUCUUUAUGUGACUAAGAAUUUUAUUUCGUAGUGUUAUUGCAGUUAUAGUUUUGUGUUAAAUGUUUUUAUGUUAUACCCUUUGAGUUUUAACCUUGGCAGUAACUUGACAUAAAUUUUUGUGUUUACAUAAGUUGUAUAUAUUAAAAAUUAUCUUAUGGUUUUUGAGUGAUUUUGAUGUAGUAUAUUUAUGUUAUGCUCAUAUUUUUUGUUCGUAUACAAACAUUAAAAAACUUGUAAUGUAAAUUAUGCGCAUAGAAAAAUACAGGUUCGACCUGUUAUAUAUAUAGCAUUAUAUAAAUAACAUGUAAAUAUAGACUUAUUAAAUGUCUAUAAUUCUUUUUAAAACUCUUCCAAAAUAAAGUUUUAUUUGACUCUUAAUUAAAAUGAAAUAGUCUUUUUCUUAAUACAGAGUGAGUCUUUUUGGAGGAGUAUAAAUUGUAUGAAUGUAACAUUGUAAAUGACGCAUUUAAAUAGCGCACACAUUGUAUAUCUAGCUCGCACUAACUUGUAAAAAAAAUGGUUGUACGUAGAUAAAUAUUUUUAGCAAAUUAUUAAAGGCAAAACAUUGUAACCUUUUUUUCAUUGUAAGCAUUUGUUAAAAGUGUACAGCAUUCACAAAUUUGCUUUCUUUUUUUGUUUGUUUUUUUUGUUUUUUUCUCUUGCAAAUAGAUUAUCGCUUUUUUCUCGAUUAAUUUUUUUCUCGACACUGCUUAAUAAACGGAUUUUUUCUUUUUUUGUAAAAUAAAUAAAGGACCUUAAACGCUUAUGUUUUCUUUAGUUGCUUUUUAUGUAACAAGAUUUCAACUCUUACUGUAAUUUAGCUAUUUUUUAAAAGAGUAUUAUAUCUCCAGAAGCGAUUGUAUAAUAUUGUAAACAUUGUAAACUUGGAAAUAAGAACGUGUUGUAAUUUAAUAUACGUAAUUAUUGCUUUAUAUAUAAACUUGAUUUAAUAUUUGAAGUAUAUUGAAGUUAUUCACUUUUGUGA